GGCAGAGAGGGAGGGAAGCCGCCCGCCCGGCCUCAGUCGCCCGCGGCCGGAGUGGGGCGGAGGAGACGGCCGAGAUGCUGCGCUACAGCUCGGGGCUCACCCUCACCACCACCAGCCCGCGGAGGCCGGACGAGGGCGAGCCCGCCAGGAGGAGGGCCAAUGUUUGUCGCUUGCGUUUGACCCUGCCCCCUGAAGAAGGCUCGCUUUCUCAGGAAGGAAAAAAUAAAACAGAAAGAACAAAAAAGCAUCUCUACCACGUUCCCAAUGGAUUGUCUAGAGGGAACUUCUCACAUGGUGUGGUUUAUGGUGUGGUGCACAGGUCUGAUAAUAAUCAUAACAAAGAAAUGGUGGUAUAUGGAUGGUCAACUCACCAGCUGAAAGAAGAAAUGAAGUACAUAAGAGAUGUGAGAUUAACUUUAGAAAGAGCAAGAAAGAAAAUGUAUGGCGAAUAUGAUGAAAUGAAACGCAAAAUCCAAGAGCUUACAAAUGAACUGACAGUAUCAAGUACUCAGAAAGAGUCUUUGGAAAAUCACAUACAAGUACACUCUGCCGCUUUGGACAGCUUUAGUGAAAUGAAUAGCUCUUUGACCUCAGCCUCCAUUGAGCUACAGAAAACCUUAGUCGAUGUUACAUUGGAGAACACAGUUAUACGAGAUCAGAUAAAGAAUCUGAAGCAGACCCAUGAACAGUCUAUGGAGAGACUGAAGGAAAAGCAGAAACUGCUAGAAACGGCCCGCAUUGAAAAUGAGUUGCUCAAGCUAAAAGUGGAAUGUUCGCAGGAAGCUAACGCAGAAGUAAUGAGAGAGAUGACUAGAAAACUAUACAGUCAAUACGAAGAAAAGCUGCAAGAGGAAGAACAGACGCAUAAACUUGAGAAAGAAACCCUCAUAGCUGAGACCAAUAGACUGCUUAAGGCCAUUGAAGAUGCAAAUAGGAGGAUGAGACUUACAGAGACGAGUUUACAAGAAAAAGACCAGAAAAUUGGUGAGCUGGAUCAGUUCAUUCAGCGCAUGGAAGAGGAACGUCACCAACUACAGAAACAGCUACUGGAGCAUGAACUUCAGCUGCACGGAGCAAACCUUCACAGCCAGGCUGGUAGACAGAGGUCACACCACCUGGAGGAGGUAACGGCAAGUUUGCGAGAACGAAUCAGACACUUGGACGACAUGGUUCUUUGCCAACAGAAGAAAGUCAAGCGCAUGGUGGAGGAGAUUGAGCUGCAGAAGAGGAAGAUGAAGCAAAAGGAGCUCUUCAUAUUACAGCUCCUAGAAAAAAUCUCUUUCCUUGAAGGAGAGAAUAAAGAAUUGCAAGACCGUUUGGACUACUUGAUGGAAACGCAGCCGAAGACUGAUGUAGAAACGAGAGACAUCGGAGUCGGUUGUGAUCUUCCACCAAGCACUGAAAACAGCAGCAGGCCUGUGGUGGUGACAGUGCCUACAAGGACAUACACUCCGUUCAAGAGAGUCCUGGAGUAUUCCUCAAGAACCAGCACAUCCAGAGACGACCUCGCAGGCCCAGGCCUUCCUCCCAAGUGAGCAAGCUUCUUGUGCCUCCCCAUCUUGAAAGACUGAGGAGGUCGGAGGUCGUGCGUCAUGAAGCACAGCUGGGCCUGUCCAGAGCCUCAGAAACGCUGUGUUUGAAGUUGCUCUUGUCUGGUGCUCACCUGCAGGAGAGCAAAAGGUGAGCCAAAAGGGGCACCUUGUCAGAGGCAGGGCCUGUGCCAUGUUUUCAGCACGCUUGAACAGCAAGACUCCUUGUGCAGUUUGCCAGACUGCAUAGCACUCCAAACUGUGAAGGGAAACGGAUUUCUUCUUUAGCAUUUUCAUAAGGCUCGUAAGCGGCUGUCCUCCUUCUCCCCCACAUCCUUGGCCCAGGGCAUUCCUUCCUGCUUGGAAAGGUGAUGGUGUGACUGCCAAAGACAUCUUUGUAGCUUUUAUUUGUCUAGAAGGGGUGCAGGGCUGUGGAUUGUCUUUAUGUUUCUGGUUUAAAGAAUUGGGGGGGGGCUUUAAGAUGCUGAAGAGGCCGCCUGUUGAGCACCUGCUGUACGUUUCCGCCCCACCCUUCCCCUCCACAAACCUUGGUGAAAUGAACGGCAUCGGCUUUAAGCUUGGCAAGGGUAUUAGCUGCUGUAUUUACUUCUGUGGCCAGUAACCUCCGGAUCUGCCUUGAAGGCCAAAUGAGAUGUUCUGCUGGGAGAUUCAUUCAUUCCUCUUCUUAGGAGUCUUUUUAAGGGGAAAAGCCGUUGCACAGUUCCCUGGUUUAGACUGGGGAGCCCACACAGACCGUAACCCUGAUCAAAGUAGAUCCUCUGUUCUCCUGCACGGUUGUUUGCCUCUGUCUGCAGGAAAUACAGUGUCAAUUCUCCAGGUAUUUUAAGAAAUGAACGUUUUCACACACUUACAUUUAAUCUUCCUAUUUAAGAAAGCACAUUCCUUGGUAUAUUUAACAUUUCGUAAUACUGAUCCAUUGAAGUAUGGAUAAAAAUCCUUUGUCCUGAAGUUUCAGCUGGAUUUAGAUAGUACCAGAGCAUUAUGUAUACUCCUGUGUUGGGUCUGGUGUUAUUGGACAGCAGUGCUGGUGGGGCCCACAGGCCUCCUCCUCACAGGAUGUGGGCGUCACACAAUGUGCGUGUUUUGUGUUCAGUUCUGUUCUUGAUUGAACAGUUCAUUCUGCUCAUGAAUGGCAGCGUUUAACUGAUAAACACUCGGCAGGAUGGAAUCUGGUAACUGCAGUGCUAAGCAGAGUUAAGCCCUUCCAAGCCCAGUGACUUCAGCAGGCUUGGAAGGGCAUCACUGCCCUUGGGAGAUGGCACAGCGGAAGAAGUACUGGCUUUAGGCACUGUUCAGCAGGUGUGGCUGCCCUGGCGACAGUAUCCUUUCUGAUCUCAUGUCGGGCUGGAAAGAGCAGCCAAGGAGAACCUUCCCUUCCUGCCUCUCGAGAAGUCCCUUCCUUCUAGAAGAGCCAUUUCCCUGGUGAUGCAGUUUCUGAGGACCAAACGAAACAUUGUGCUAAUCAUGUGGCUGCCUCUAAAGCCAGCAAGGAUACAUUGAGCUGUCCCGUUUAUGACCUCUUCCCGUUUGCUUCCCUCCAUGUGCCUGAGAGCUUCACAAAUCAUGAAGAUGACAGUGGUCUACUUGAUGUUACGGAGGCGGGGAGGGGGCUAAAAUGCAUAGUUCCUUGUUUGGGAAGCGGGUGUGUGCGUUUAAUGUAGCAUUCACUUUGGCCCUAAGCUGUCCUUUGGAGCAGUACAUAUUUAUAUAUUUCAGCCACAUACAGUAUUGAUAGGUGUUACAUGAAAGCUGCAUAUUGAUGCUGCCUCUAAUAUAUAUAUGAUGGAAUCUGGAUUUUUGUAUUGCAUUUGCCCAGACUACAGCCGUGCUACUUUACCUUCUGAGCCCGUACAAAGUAAUGAAGUGGCAGUCCAAAUGGCAAGACUAGCCAGCUGUUUUAGCCUUUUACAAAACCCUUUGUGAUUAUAACUUUGUUCUUUUGUAAUUAUAACUUUUUUUCUUUUACCUGAGCUCCUUCUCUGACUGUGCCCCACGUCGUCUAUCCCCACCCCAACUUUCACAUAACUAGAAAAGAUCUUCUCUGGGCCUAGGGUGGGUGCCAAGGAGUUGCUUUGGCCCUCUAGAAAUUGCCUGCCAUAAUGAGGGAGGGUGAAAUUGUACACGCCCUGCUUCUUUAUCAGAUUCAUAUGCCAUUCAGACAUGCUUUUAAAGUGGUUAACAUCAAAUGCAAAAAUAUUUUCUUAAAGAUAGCAUCAUUAAAAGCAGCCACAUUCAACAGAAUUAAAAGAAGGGUCCAAAUAAAUAAAUAAAACCCCCAAAUGACAGUCAAAGGACCAGAUUCAGAAGCAAGUGAUUGGGCCAGCUCUCAGAAGCCAGUCAAAAAGCCUGUUUCUGGAAUGUUGGGGAAGACGAUGCCAAACCAGCUGCCCAUCUGAAGGUAUUUCAGAGUUCUGGGGCGAUGGUGGAAGGGGCCCUGCUGCUUAUCUGUUGAAUCAGCACACGCUCCAUUUUUGGAGGCUAGUUCCAGCUUUUGAAGGACUGUGAAGAUUUGCAAAAUCACAUCAACCAGAAGUCAUGGUAAGAUUCAUGAACUUGUUAUUUCAUGAUACAUACGAAGCUCUGCAGGUCUCGGGAAAGUUCUAGCCUGUGGUGACCAGGCCUUCGUGGCAGCUUGGCCACAGGGGCCCACCCAGCGCCCACACUCUUCCGCACCUUCGUUUCAUUUCCUUUGGCUCUGCUGGUGUGGGGUGCGUGCUAAGUGCAUCCUCUGUAACUGUGAAUAUAUUUCCCCUGAAUUGGCCUGCAUGGAGAAUGGAGCUUCACCUGGGUGCCUCGGCUUCGCGAUGGAGUCGUGGGCUUCAGAAGGUGCCACGAUACACGUGUUAAGAGAGCAGAGGAGCCUGCAAGUCGCAUUGAACAGUGAUGUCCUUGUGUGUGAGCUGAUGUAAAAAAGAAGUCAGUGGGCCUCAGUCCGGUGUUGGACGAAUGAGCGGGAAGAGAGGUAAAAGACGGAGGAACUGGAAUGAUGUGUUGUCUUAGGUAACACCUUCUGCAAGCCAAAUGAUUUUCAUCUUCCAUGAUUUAUUAUUUAUUUUAUUUUAUUCGAUUUAUACCCCGCCCUCCCCACAGAUGGGCUCAGGGCGGCUAACAACAUUAAAAAAUACAUUAAAAUCACAAUUAAAAUAUUUUAAUAUGUUUGUUCUUGGAAGAGGAGCACAAAGUCCAAUAGACAUCACAAAACACAAAGCAAAUUUAAAGCAGCAAAUCAAAGAAAACUGUAUUAAGGCAAAAGAGUUGCCUGACUCAGCUCAACCAAGAUUUUCAUCUGGGGUGACCACUGGAAGUUCUCCCUGUAUUGACAGGCACUUCCAAGGGUUCGAUCUGACCCAUUUUCUGCAGUUGCCUUGAUGAAGACUUGUGUCGAGAAGCAGUGAGCGAGCAGCUCUUGCUUUCAACGUGCAACUCUUGCUUGGUAUUGCUCAGUUUUCCUUUGGCACCUGACUGAAGUUCUCCUGUUGGGUGGUGGCAGGGUGUGGGGCGUGUUUUUAAGGCUCUUGAUAUUUUCCCUCCCUUUCUGUCAUGUUUUUCUUCUUUGUAGGAGUCAAAAAGCCAGGUGUUUCUUACUUCUGUAUCAAUAGCAAUAUAAGCUUUGUUCUGACGGUGCCUUACAGCUCUUACAGUCCUCAGCCAAAGAGUGCUUUAGCAGUUCCACAAAAAACUUGGUAUUUCAAAAGACUUUAUUUGUUGGUUCCACUUGUAUUUAGAAAUGUCCCUUUAUUGCACUGUCUUAAAAAUGUGUAUUGUGUGAUGUCAUUUCCUUCUAGAAGGCAUUUGAGUGCCUCCUUGAUCAAAUACUGCGUAGAAGUUGCACUGUGUAUAUUCCAUGUUUUAAAAAGGAAUAGUGCAAUAAUAAAUAUGAAGUAUACAUUUUC